AUGGGUAUAGGUGUGAGAUUGGUGAAUGGAUCUGCCUACAAUGAAGGACGAGUAGAAAUAUUACAUAAUAAUGAAUGGGGAUCACUUUGUGAUGACACAUUGACUACCGAGGAUGGUCAAGUUAUAUGCAGAAUGCUUGGACUAGACACUGAGAACGUGACUGUGUUGUCUUCCGCGUAUUUCGGAAGUGGAACUUCAGAAGUAAAGAUAUCAGGACUAAAUUGUACUGGCCUAGAAAAUCACAUUGCGGCCUGUAAUUUUACUGGUUGGGGACAUCUCACGUGUAAACAAAAUCAUGCUGUUGGAAUUAUUUGCGGCGGUACACAAAUUCGACUAGUAAACAGUGUUCGACCAUCAGAAGGUCGGUUAGAAGUUUUCCAUAACAAUGCGUGGGGAACUGUUUGUGAUAAGAACUUUGACGCCACAGAUGCUGCUACUGUGUGUCAGAUACUAGGAUAUAAUACAAGCAACCCUUAUUUCAUUGGUGGUGCAUAUUUCGGAGAAGGCACAAAUAGAGUAUGGUUAGAUGAGCUUGCAUGUAAUGGUACAGAGGACGAUAUUGGAAAAUGUGGAUCCAGAGGAUGGGGUGUAUCACAGUGUGGACAUUCUCGUGAUGUCUCUGUUAUUUGCGAUACCAUGGUUAAACUAGUUGAUGGAACAAAACCAUCUAAUGGACGUAUCGAAAUAUUUCACAAUGGUGAAUGGGGUACAGUAUGUGACACAUCAUUUAAUGCAGCUCAUGCUACUGUUAUAUGCCGGAUGUUGGGUUAUAACAACUCGGAUGCUUCUAUACUAAAAACACCAGUGAUAUCACAAGGCAAAGGCAAAAUAUUUUUCGAAAAUAUAAACUGUCUUGGUCAGGAAAUGGACAUAGAAGACUGUACUUUUUCAAACUGGGAAAAUUCACAUUGCAACCACGCUAACGAUAUCGGAAUCGACUGUGUAAUUGUUACCAUGUCGAACAAUACAAGUAGCAUUCACAAGCUGUCAUUUGUUGUGUUAAUGUUAGAAUCAAUCCAUGCAAACUCUUAUAACAGUACUAUAUUUUGA